ACUUGCGGCGAAUGACAGCUGGUUUCAUGGGCAUGGCUGUGGCCAUCAUCCUGUUCGGCUGGGUCAUUGGUUUGCUGGGCUGCUGCUGGGACCGAGGCCUCAUGCAAUAUGUGGCCGGCCUCCUCUUCCUAAUGGGAGGAACCUUCUGUAUCAUCUCCCUCUGUACCUGCGUCGCUGGCAUCAACUUCGAGCUUUCCCGUUACCCGCGGUACCUGUACAGCUUGCCCGAUGAUAUCGGCCACGGCUACGGCUGGUCCAUGUUCUGCGCCUGGGGAGGCCUCGGCCUCACACUUAUCUCUGGCUUCUUCUGCACUCUCGCGCCCUCUGUUCAACCAAUACCGAGGUCUACCUGUCCCAAAUCUCGACAGGAGAACGGCACCGUGUGCUAAAGCUGGCUGCGUGCGCCAGGCCAGCUGAACCCACAGACAGACAGACAAAACAAACAAGCUAUUCCAUGUUUCCAUGUGUCAGCUCAUAUCCACUCUAUCCUGGUUACAGAUUUUGUGUGUGUGUUUGUUUAAAAUGGGUGUCUUGAUAUCUUGAAAAUACAAGAAAAAAACCUGAAGAACUGAAGAAAUAUCAAAAAUUAAAAGUUGUGUUUAUUUUUAUUUUGUGGAGUAGAUGCAGAAAUGGAUCGUGAAAGAAAUGAUAUGGAGACCACGAAAGACUAAAUUGUAACGAGUGAGUGCUUUACUGGUCUACUGUGAUUGUGGAGACGCUAAUGGAUUAACAGAUUGUUCAGAAGAUCAAGUAAAGAUCUGGUGGAACCUUCUUAUGAUCUUUUAAAGCUUUUUGUGGAAUAUUUCACAAGCCAGUGGAUCAAACAUGAAACCAUGUGACUAGCGGGAGUGGGAUCACAUGAAUUCUCCAACUUCUGGGGUCCUUCCAGUUACUAGUAACAGGCAAGAUCCAGAAGAGAAGAUCCAGGACUUCCACUGAUGUACAUUAUUGUACAGAAUAUUCAAGAGAAAUGACAACCAGGCAUUGGACUAUUUCCAUCUUUGUGUCGGUGCAGCACAUUCCAGCGAAUGAUCCUAAUCUAACGUUUCAUACAUGCAUUCCUCUUUUACUGAAACUGUUUUGCUUUUUACUGAACCUUCAUGUUGUGAAUGAACUGUUGACUUGCUCAAUGCAAAUGUGUUUAAUUUUUUCAUUCUAGUCAUAAGGCUAAAUGUGUGUGUGUGUGUGUGUGUGUGUGUGUGUGUGUGUGUGUGUGUGUGUGUGUGUGUGUGUGUUUACGUGCAGACAUGUUGAGACGAGUUAUUUUCAAGUCUUUACAAAAGAGUGAUCAACUUGACAAAGCAGCGCCUCAGCCUGAGUAUGUAGGGAAACAGAAGCUUUGAUCAGCAGUGAGAUGAAACAGGAAGCUGCAGUAUCCCGUUUAACCAAACUGACAUCUGCCCCGUCUUUUCUGGAGAGCCCCAGUUGACCCGGCAGAUAAAGAAGUCGCUUUAAAAGGGAACAGCACGUUUAGCUCUGCUGAACAUCUAGGGAACGUUUAAGUAAUUACAUCUAAUGAGAACACUUCUUGUCCCCGGGGAUCAGCAGGUUAUCUGCAGGGCCUUCUCGAAACAGUAUCUAAGCAUAAGGUUUGAAAGGUCUCAUCUUAGAAGAAGGAAGAAAGAUCUCAGCCACGAACCAUGAAUCACAAACACAUGGGCUUGAAUUUACUCACAUCAUCAAUUCACCAACACUGAAUCCAGCAGGCAGUUGUUGCCAACAUCCAGUUUGUGAAAGCGGAGACUCUAAAUACCACAGUCCCGUACCAGGGACAGACAGUUCAAUUCAAUAUAGUUCAAAUCACAACAGUCACAUCAAAGUGCUUUACAUUGUAAGGUAGACCCUACAAUAAUACAUACAGAGAAA